AUGUGCAAGGUCGGCGUUCUGCUCCUAUGCCUCGUCGUCCGCGCACCGCCGGCGGCGGCCGUUUCGCCAGAGGACUGCACCGCGUGCGCCGCUGCUCCCGCGGAGGAGGACUGCUCCAGCAGCGCGUGCCGCGUGUCCCUGCUCCAGAGCCGGCGCGAGGUGACCUCGCCGAAAGCGUCGGAGAGCGCGGUUCUCGGCGCGAAGCUCUUUCCGAGGAAACCGAAUAUCGUGCUCUUCUUGCCUGACGACAUGUUCUUCAAAGACUAUUCCCCUUGGGAUCCGAGUGGAUUCGCUCCCGCGGUGCCGAGCCGCAUCCCAGUGAUGAAUAAGCCCAUCAAUAACGGCGGGGUCAUGCCGAACCUCGAGAAGAUAGCUCAGUCUGGUGCCACUUUCGCGAGAGCGUACACCGCCUCGCCGUUAUGUACACCCUCGCGUUAUUCCAUUAUGACCGGGCGACACCCGUCUCGAAGCUUGUAUGGCUUUGACAAAGUAAGCGAGUAUUUCCCUGGCAUCUCCGAAGGCUUUGUGGGUCAGUACAGUAUGUUGGGCCAGGGAUACAAAGAUCAGGUGAGCACAAUCGGCAUCGCUCUGCAAAGUCUAGGCUACGCUACCGGCAUGAUGGGCAAGUGGCACCUGACUCCAUCCGAGGAGGCAAAUUUCACCUCCCCGUACUCGGACCAGACAGCCUAUGUGAUGCGUCCAGGAUUCGAUUUUGUCGAUGGCCUGUAUAUCACGAACAUGUGCGACUGCAGCCAACCUAUUUGCGAUACGUUCAAUCACAACUUGGAGUGGAUGUUGGACAGGGCAGUCUACUUCAUGGACGACGCGAUGACCAAACAAAAGCCUUUUUUCCUGUACUUCUCCCCGACCCCGCCGCAUAAUCCGUCAGCAGAAGACUCGUUGCUUGGGCACUUCACCCCAUAUCAGACACCAGCUGGGACUUUGGCGAGCGCUCCUGACGUAUCCAAGUAUUGUUCAAGCUGCAAGCUCGCGAAACGGAAGGAGAUCUGGGAUAGCGUCGCAGACAUCUCGAGCAUGUCCGAGGAAGGGUCUUGCAGACACUUGUUGGCAGCCCUGCGCUGGAUCGACGAGUCGCUAGGGGUGCUCUACGACUUCCUCUCUGAGCGGGAUGCCAUCGGGCACACGUAUAUCGUCGUAUCGACUGACCACGGGCCGGCCAAGUAUUCGUUGUACGAGUUGAGCACCCGGGUGCCGCUUUACGCCGCCGGACCGGGCAUCCAAGCUGGCACCGUGGUGGAAGAGCCAGUCAUCCACAUGGACAUGGCGCCGACGUUCUUGACUUGGGCCGGGGAUUCUGAAGGAGCUUCCUUGCCGAUGAGCUCGGACGGGCUCAGUUGGUCGUCUUUGGUCUCUGGGGAGGCGAGUUCCCUGGACCGAGAGUCGAUCACAACGCAGUCGUAUUUCGACACGGCGAUCAUGAACAGAGAAGGCAUGAAGAGAUACGCGUGCCGCACCAGUCUCAUCAUCAACAGGACGCUAACCAAGCUGCAAGACCCUAUUCUCAUUGAUGAGUGCUCCUCUCUUGCCAAGGACUUGGCUCUUUUUGUGGGCGAUGCUUACCCGGCCCUCUACGAUAAGGUCCAAGUGUACAAUAUAGUUUCCGACCCCACGGAGCAAGAGAACCUCGAGCGUUUUUGA